AGCUUCUUUCUUUUCAAUAUUCGCUAUCGUUAAUUUACCCUUAGCUUUCAUAAAAAUUGGAUUUAACUUUAAUCAUAUUGGAUUAUCGCGCAAACUUUGUCGUUUGCUUUGUGCAGCGUUUUUUUUUUAGAUGUGUCAAGAAGGAUCCUUGAUAAUUCUCCCUUUAGAACUUGGUUUUGUUAUCUCGAAGCAGAUUAAUUCCAUCGCAGGAAAUGCAAAUGUCCAUCGUACAACGCAAUAGUCGCCUCUUUCGUACGCCGAGCGUAACUCGAGCGAUUAGAUGGCUUAAAAAUGAAAUGGAGCGCAAGGACGAAGGUUCUCGUUAUACUGUAUAAAAGGGAGUCUUUUUUUCUACCUUUGUUAGAACAACAGUAGGAUUCCGUCGCGAUGACUCCGACUAUUGUGUUAUUUUCCGUGCUUUUAUUACUAUCCCGAAAUAUCCGCGGAUGGCAUAUCGCAUUUCCAAACAACAGCGAGACCGUCAGCAAUGAACUUCGCGAAACCACAUUGCGGCCGGCCUUAAUAUUUCCAGGAACAAAAUGGUGCGGCAGUGGUAACAUAGCGGAUAGUCCGGACGAUUUGGGAGUAUUCGCGAUGACUGACGCAUGUUGUCGUGAACACGAUAAUUGCAAAGAUAUAAUCGAACCGAUGCAGACUAAGUAUGGCUUAACCAAUUCCGCUUUUUACACAAGGCUACACUGUUCGUGCGAUGAGAGGUUCUACGACUGUCUCCACAGCUCGGAGGAACUCGUUAGCGCGAAGGUCGGCUUCCUCUACUUCAGCGUGUUAGAUACGAAGUGCUUCCGCGAAGACUACCCCAUCGUUGGCUGCAAACGGCAUUCACUCAUUCCUAGACGCUGUUUGGAGUACGAGCUGGACGAAAGCCAACCGAAGAUGUAUCAGUGGUUCGACGUACCCACGUAUUUCCAAAACGAUCACGGGGUAGUGAUGGCCGGCCGUCAUAUUCGAUCACUCGAUUCCGGCACCUCAUUCGCAGACCGAUAGGAGUCUAUUUUGUGGGAUCGCCGACCACUGGAGGAAACGUCAUAUACGCGCGUAGAGCCGUAUAAAUUCGUAAUCGACCAUGCCUGUCAACGUAGUUAAAUAAGCGCUCCAAUAAAGCCGCUCUUACGAUCGAUUUA